AUGUGGUUCUCGGUGUGGGCGUUAGUGGUAUUUUUUACCACUCCAAUAUACUGUUAUUCCGAUGAGAUGUUUAGGACGUUGGAGUACGAUUCAUAUCUUUCAAAUACUAUAUACUGCGUGGAAAAACUGUUCCUCUCGGACCCAUUCCAUAACGGCCAGUAUUAUAUGGAAAAACAGGGCUUAGAUCUUGUGAAGGUUUUCCACACGGAUAUUCUACGCGGUCAAAUAUCCUGCACCAGUAUGAUUGCAGUCAACCACACAGCUAAGCAAAUUUCAAUAAUAUACAGGGGAUCUGUCACUGUUUUUGACUGGAUUGUAGACUUUUCUUUUCCUCCUGUUCCAUAUGAGCCCGCUAGUGGUGCAGGAAAGUGCCCGGGUAAUUGUCUUGUCCAUAUUGCGGUCUACGAUCAAUUUAAACUGACAUUUCAUGAGGUUUAUUCGGAAUUUAAGUCAGUAUAUGAUGCACAUCCCGACUACGAGGUCAUAGUCACUGGACUUUCGCUUGGUGGUGGCUAUGCUUAUUUGAUGGGUAUUGAGAUGCAAUUAAUGGGCUACAAACCGCGUGUUACCACAUUUGGAGGAAUGAGAGUGGGCAACAAAGAGAUGAACAAGUGGGUUGACGAGCUCUUCCAGUCGGAAGAAAUUGCGAAGAGAGUCAAUAACAAUGAGACCCCUCAUAAUGCGUUCUACAGGGUGGUCCAGGCAUUUGACAUUGUGCCCCUUGUACCACCAGGGCCCAUUUUUAAUCAAGCUGGUGUGCAGUUUACAAUCAGGGAUGACGGCACUUUUCAUCCAGCAAAAGAGGCGGUAACAUUUGAGGGCGCCAAGCCGCACCUAAAGGAGAUUAUAUCGGAUAUCCUACUAAAUGGGAGAUUUCUAGACCUAUUGCGCGUUCCAGUGCACGUGAACUAUUUGAGACGUAUGGGACCGCCUUGUUUACCUGAUUCACAAAGCCUUGACGGAAGGUAG